GAUGCACUCCAGCAAGUGACGAACAGUCGGGUUCCUUGCAUUACCAUCACAAGAAGAGAGUGGAGGGGGAACAGAUAAAGGAGAAGAUGAAAGAUCACACAGUAAUCCCUUCUGACCGCUCUCCUUCGCCGGGCUUCUUCCCUCUCCACGUCAACAAUGAUAACAAGUUUAUUCCUGAUCACACACAAUAGUGCCACAUGGCACUUUAUCUCGUGAAGACCAUGAAGACAUUAGCAGAUUCCCGUGACGACGUCAACCUCAGGCUUUGCAUUAUAGGCCUUGCACCAAGCCACUUUGUGUUUCGGGACGAAAGCAAGGAGAUCAAGAGUAUCGACUUCAAUGUUGGCAAAGGAAACCGCCAAGAAUUCAAACCCAGUGGGAAAGGGAAAAAGGACGCUCGAUUCCUCAUGCCAAAUUCUGGGCUGUGCAAGCUGGUCUUCUCCAAUGAAUCAUUCAAGACAGUAAGGUGCUGCGUAAGAGGCUCACUGCUAGAAGUUAACAGCCGGCUUUCCGAUGAUCCUAGCCUACUUAUGACCAAGGCUGAUUCAGAGGGAUACAUCGGUAUAAUCAUGCCCACUAGGCAUGAUGGGAACCAAAUAGCGAAGAAGCUGCUGACAAAGGAACAAUAUAUGGAGAAGAGGGGAGACUUGGCCCGUCUCUGUCAAGGCUAAGAGUAGAAACAGGAGGAGCAAGAGAAUACUGCAAAUAUAGCUUCUUUUCUGCUCAUUCUUAAAGGUGCAUGUGGAGCUACGUUCCAUGGACAAAUUAGCUGGAAUGCAUCCUCUUCCACAGCUCAGCUGCAUGUUCAGGUUGUAUCUAGAGCGGCAUGAGAUGACAGUGUUGGUGACAAUUGUCAUUUUUGGGGGCGGUUAUCCUUUUUUGGGUCAAAUUUUCUUCUUCUUUUUUUCCUCCCUUUCCUCACUGUACAUAAAGACGUGCAUGAGCGUGUGUGUUAAAGGGUCAAAAUGCAUUUGUUUUCUAUUCCAGCUCUUUUACUCACUGAUUCCACAUGCCAAGAAUCAUCGGCAAAAUCCUACCUCUUUCCUGGAGGGUUCUACUAUGAUGGUUUGGAGAAAGUGGGGUAUGGUUUCUAGGGUCGUUUUUUACUCAUUUUAUUUUCUUAAACCGUCAACAACAACUCCAUGAGCUCCUGAAAAUCGUAGCUAUUCAGUACUUGCAAAGGAACCCACAGAUAAUACCCCCAGAUUCAGUCCGGCUCCAUAUAGAGCACCUGCAGUCAAUUGAAGGCUCCGCACGAUAGACUCAGAGAUAGUGGCUCUUAAGGAUGAUCAGGGGUAUGUUGUCUGACAGACUAUGCUAGGAAGUGGUAUGCUAGGAAGUGGUUUUAACAACGCGUCCCAAGUUUAAUCAAGUGUGGCACACAGU